ACGGAAUUCAGUUUGAAGGAAAAAAACAACCAGGAAGUUAAACAGAAGAGGAAACAUAGUCGCUUCGGUGGAGCAUCUAACUUUCAAGUUCUUUAAAAGGUUUUAAAAAGGUUUUAAAAUAGCGUCAACUUAAAACUACGUUGAUCCAUCGGGUUGCGGUUUCUAGGGCAUUGUUUCCGACAAGAUGGACAUUGAUCCGGAGCGGGGAGGAAUGGCGGCAGCGCCGGAACCGCAGGACAAGGUGCAGACCUUGAAGGAUCAGGUAGAUGGAGUUAAAAGCAUCAUGACGCAGAAUGUGGACCGGAUCCUGGCCCGAGGGGAGAGACUCGACGACCUCAUGGGCAAGUCAGAGGACCUGCAAGCAGGGGCUCAGCACUUCAAGCAGACGUCUCAGAAAGUGGCUCGCUCCUACUGGUGGAAGAAUGUGAAGCUGAUCGUGGUCAUCGUGGUGGUCGUCCUCAUCAUUGUCCUCAUCAUCAUCCUGCUGGCCACUGGAGUCAUCCCCGUCAGUUCUCCCCUGCCUCCUAUAGUCAAUCCCACCAAUAAGCCAUAAACACAAACACACACACAAACAUAUGUACAUACAUAAACAAUCGCAUCCCUAUUGCACAGUAUAAAAAUUAAUAUAUAGACUCAAGCAAAUCACUGCUGUCUGGUGAAACCUUUACAACUUACCGGUAACUUUCAUGCUUGUAUUGAAAUUCAAGGAUUUCAUUCUUUGGUUUAAGGAACUUUAAUGACACAUAAACCUUUUGAAACUUUCCAAAAACACAAUUCCAGACAUUGAAUUUGUACAAAAUUAAAGAAAAUUCUCUGUAAGGUCUGAGGUCUUCAUCCGACAGCAGAAAAAACACUCGUCACUGUUCUCAAAGGACGCUCUAUAACACCACCGUCGGCACUUUGUUAAACUGUUUCACCACCAGCGGUUAUUUCGUCCUGGGAAAGAGGAAGUCACUUUAAUAUGUGUAGAUGGAAAUAAUGAUUAAUAUGUGGAUUCCUCCAGUCUCUUUCUAGAUAUCAUGUUUGUCGCUUAUGUGCACUACAAAGAACGGUUUGUAUAGUUUAAAAGACCAAAAAUUACGUGUCUAAAAGAAAUUUUUGACAUUGGAGAAAUGCACCAAGCACAAAUCUAUAAGAUAUUUAGGUCACAAUAUGUUUAAUGAAAAUCUGCGUCGUAGGUUGGAUUUGUAUGUUAUGAUUUGGGGCGAAUUCCUUUUAAAGUGCUAACAGCUUCUUCGUAUUCAUACAUCUAGAAAAAGAUCGUUUAUUGAAUGUAUACACUUCGCACUGCGUUAGUCCUUUAGCUCCUUAACUGGUGUUUGAGGAGAUGUUUUCUUGUAGACGGUCAAAGUUGCAAAACAGUUUUUAUGCACAAAGGACAAAAAUUACUUCAUUGUGAAAUAUUUUGAAGUUUGUUGGGAUUGAAAACACCAGCAGUAGCUACUGCACAGAAUCUCUAGAAGUUUAUCUGUAAAUGUACAUCAGUUGAAUUUGGGUCAUGAAAGUGAAGAUGAUACCUUCAGCUGUAAAGCAAUGCAGCAUUUAGUGGUUUUUCUGCUCGGCGGAAAUGAGCGGUCCUUUUAGAGGAGGAGAAAUUGUAGAUAAGUACAUUUGUUCUGUGCAGUAUCAUCAGCCUUUUUUAACUGAUCAUGUUAGUUCUUUUCCUCUCUGUGUAUUAGAAAUAUUGCAGUUUGAACUUAGGGCUUCGGGAACUGAUAUAAUAAAAGAAAGCACCAGGGUGAGCUGUUAAAGGUCUGCUCCAGUGUUGGAGGAUCCGGCUCCUCCAGCCAGCCAGCUGAGAGAGAUAAUUUACACCCCCUCCGUGGCUCCCCCUGCUGGGCCCAUGUCAACCAAAAAGCCUCCACACCCUCAGCAUCUUACAACUAGAAAAUAAUCUUCCAAAACACGUAGCGGGCAUUUUUCAGAAUACAAGUCUCGUGUGUUUCACCUCCCAUCUUGCUUUGCUGUUACAGUAGCAGUUCAGCUUCAAAGAGGUCAAAAUGAAAACAAUUAUCAACUGUAUAUAGUCAACAUAUUCUCACCUUAGUGUAUAUUUGCAACAGCCUUUAACCAAUGUGUUAAUGAAAGUAUCUGUUCCUUAGAGGCUAUUUAUUUAAUGCUUUAUGUUACUCAUGUUCAUUCUUUUUUCUUUUUUUUUUUUUAUCAAAAAUGGGCCAAUGAAAGCGUGUGAUUUCUGUAUAAACAAAUACUGAUUAAUCAUAAUAUAAUUGAUAUAAUACAGUUCUGUUACUCUGCUUUUCAAUCAUUUUCUAGAGGUAGGUAUAAACAGGAGGCUGUGUUGGAACAAGUUCUUCAAAGUGUUAUUUUAUGCUUCUGGGAUGCAGUCGUCCUCCUCUCAUUGUCUUUUUAACGCACUGACACUGGCCUGAUUGAUGCUGUACGCGACGCAAUCAUAUUUCUCUUCGUAAGGCCUUGUCACCACUGAAGGCUUUUUACAGUGUCAUUAACUGUGCAUCUUAUACUGAUGACUGGUGACAUUGAAUGGUUUUAAUGGUCUGAUAUGAAAUAAAUAGUAUUUACUCCGGC